CGCGCGCCCCUUCCUUCCGGUGCGGCGCCAUCAGCGCAGCGGCAGGCGGGGGCCGGGACCUGGGCUCCAUCCGCCUCCAUCCGCGGCGGGGCUGAGCGCUCUCUCCCCGCAGCCAUGGCGAUCCGCUACCCCAUGGCCGUGGGCCUCAACAAGGGCUACAAGGUGACGAAGAACGUGUCCAAGCCGAGGCAGUGCCGCCGCCGCGGGCGCCUGACCAAACACACCAAGUUUGUGCGAGACAUGAUCAGGGAAGUCUGUGGCUUCGCACCCUACGAGAGACGUGCCAUGGAAUUGCUGAAGGUUUCCAAAGAUAAACGUGCUCUGAAGUUCAUAAAGAAGCGGGUUGGCACUCACAUUCGAGCCAAGCGAAAGCGGGAGGAGCUCAGUAAUGUCUUGGCAGCCAUGAGGAAAGCUGCUGCGAAGAAGGAUUGAGUUGUACAGCCUUUAGCUCAAUAAAGUUCUUUCCCACAAAA